GUGUGCGCACGAUGCAAAGCCGCACGUUAUUGCGGCCCGGCGUGCCAGCGAGCGGGAUGGAAGGCCGGCCACAAGGAGGUCUGCGGGCAACCGGCCGAGACGACGUCCUGGCCAGUCCGCUGCCCCGCGUCCCUGCUGCGCGGGCAGCUGCCGCGCCUGGAGCGCCUCGACAGCGCCGAAGCGCAGGCUUUCCUCUGUGAGGGCCAGGCCUUCGUGGCCCCGGCAGAGGGACUUCUGGGCACGAGGCUAUCCCAGUGGGACUUCAAGUACCUCGAGAAACAUCUUCCUGAGACGCAGAGGUACGGUGUGAUGUUGGACGAGGGCUCCGGCAAGAUUGUCAUGAGCCACUCCGCACGGAACGGGCAGCGUCAGAUUGAUGUCUCGGAGCCGUCUCGGCAGCGUCCGGCUGCUGAGGGCAACUCAGACGAAGGUCUCUUCAGCACCUCGGACCAGACGAGGAUGACCUUCGCCGACUUCCUGGCCGAAGCUCGGCGCUUCCGCGCCGCAGGCGGCAAGAGGAAGCUGCCCUACUUUGGCAUCCAUCUGCUCUGGAGGUUCAAGGAGGAGGAGAACGGAUUUUUGGGUCCGAUUGGCCCAGAGAUGGCUGAUGACCUUUGGAGUAUCCACUUCGAUGUGAUCAAGGAGUGGCAGGAGAUGAACGUCCUCCCUUUGGUCCAGCGCUUCUACCUCUUCGCGGGCCUUGGUGGAACGCUCUACCACUGCCACUAUGACCUGCAGCCGAAUCUGCACGUGCAGCUGACGGGGCGCAAGCGCUUCAUCCUCUUUCCCCCGGAGGACUGGCGGCACUUGUACCCCUUUCCGGUGCACCACGACCUGGACCGGAGGAGCAUGGUGGACCUCGAUGCCCCAGACUGCGAUCGCUUUCCGGGCUGGCAGAAUGCGAAGGGCUACAUGGUCGAGUUGGAGCCAGGCGAGGCCUUGUACAUCCCGCCAUAUUGGUGGCACCACGUGCAGUCGCUGACGCCGGAGACCACGUCUAUGGCCAUGUGGUUCUUCGAGCACUACCCCCUGAGCUCCGGGGUGAGCUAUGGAGUCGGCCCGAGAUGCGAGGAUGUUGUGCUGAUGCGCGACAUCGAGGAGUACAUCGGCAAGCACUUCCCGGAUGCCCCGGGGGAGGAAGAUUGCACGAAAGCCCGGCCGAUCAAGGCCAAGCAGGUCGCCGCCUUCGCGCGGUGGAUGCUCCCGCGCCUCGGUGCCGCAGGGGAGCAGCCGCAGCCGCCUCCUGGGUUGACUAUGGCGGCGGAAGAGGUCGAGAAAAAGCUUUUCAAGCUUCUGGCAGAUCGCGAUGUGAGAGAGCCCAAGGAAAAGAUCAGAAGUCUGCUGUCACGGCGUUUCUGA